GGCGGGGUCAUGCUGUUACUUCCGUGUGGGCGGUGCUAAAGAUGAGCGUUUCAUAACAGCUCUUUGGAUCAGUCUGUGGUUUGUGUCUGAGUGAGUUUGUCAUUGUUCAGCAACAGGAUUUACAGAGUGGAAACUAACUGGGGUUAAAUCUUUUUAAGAUGGCGUCAGCUCUGGCUGACAGAGCAGUAGGAGCCAUUGUUGGAUCAGCUGUUGCAGAUGCAGCAGCGCAGCCCCUGCACUGGGUGUAUGACCUCCAGAAGCUGCAGGGGAUUCUGGCUCAGGAUCCAAACCCUGAAUUCCGUCCGGAGUCCGCCAAUCCAUUCUACAGGAGGCUGACGGGCCAGCAGAGCUGCUAUGGAGACCAGGCGUAUGUUCUGCUGGAGUCCCUGUCUGAAUGUGGAGGUCUAAAUGUUGAGGAUCUGAAGCAGCGCACACUGAAAUUCUUUGGGCCUGGAUCAGAGUAUGACACGCCCAUCAACGAUCCUUACAGAGAGAGAGGAGGACCAAGACCACAGAUGCCAAUCGAGGGACCAUGGAGACAUGCAAGUCUGAAGGGCUUCCUGAAGAAUGUGGACGCAGGAAAAGAGGAGACAGGAUGUGUGAACGACUGUCAGAUUGAUGGAAUAACCAAAAUGGCUCCUGUAGUGGCUUUUUAUGCAGGAAAACCCGACAUGCUUGAAAAGGUGGAGCAGGCCACACGCGUCACCCAGAACAAUGAUGAAUGUGUGGCAGAGACUCUGGCAGCAGCAAGGCUGCUUGAGCAUUUCAUCCUGAAUGGUCCUGAUCCCAAAGCCUUGGACACGGUGCUGGAUCAGCUCAGCGACGUGAACAGAAAACAGCCGCAGGACCUGGACAGAGCCGUCAUUGGGCACUUUCAUCAAGUGAAGCAGAAUUUAUCCAAGACUCCCCAGGAGCUAAUCCCCACUGUGUUUCCAAACACCUGAGGUUUACCAGGUGCGUUCCAAGCAGCGCUUCAUGGAGUCCUGAGAGCCAAGCAGUAUGAGCAGGCUAUCAGAGACACCAUGAGCUGUGGGGGAUGCACCUGUAGCCGAGGAUCCUUCAUUGGGGCAUGUCUUGGGGCUCAGAUUGGACUCGAGGGAAUUCCAACUUCCUGGAUGUCCAAAACCCUGCGAUAUGAUUCAGUGUUGGCUCAUGCCAAAAAGAUAACCAAACACCACCAGUAGAUGGCUGGCAGUGAACGUUCUGCCUGAGGUGGCUGAGAGCAUCGUGAAAAACUGUUGAGCUUUGACAGAACAGUGAAUGACGGUUCUUGCCUAAAUUGUCUGACGGCAGGAGCCCGAUGUUUUUGUCUUUGUUUAAGUUAAACACGUUGGUUCAGAUGAAGCUUUGUGAAUCUAUCUGCAAUAAAGUAAUUCUCAAAAUA